AUGGGAUCAUCGGCCAAUCUCACCGGCAAGGGAGCAAAGAUUAUGGUCGAGGACAUCGAGCCAGAGAUCCUGAAAGUGGCAGAUCUAGUUAUCGAUUAUGGGAGACAAGAGUUUGACCAUCCUCGAGCCUCUUCUACCAUGAUCGAUUUUAGAACAAUGAAUGUUGUGCGAUACGGGGCUUGUUAUGAUGUAGUGCAGGAUGCUCUCUGGCGAUUUUAUGGAAUCAAAAUGCCGGAUGAUCCUGGAACGUGGACUCUUUCGUCCGAACAAACCUCUGCGAACAUUACAUAG